GGGGCCUGGGGGCGGGGUCUGAGCCAGCCUCUCCUGCCGCUGGGCCUUUGAGGUCUUCACGGAUCCUUGGCCGUCAGUUUCUGCCUCCAACUCCCUCCAGUCUCCGGCAUGCCUGGUCCGACUCCCAGUGGUACUAAUGUGGGCUCGUCAGGGCGCUCUCCCAGCAAAGCGGUGGCUGCCCGGGCGGCCGGAUCCACGGUCCGGCAGAGAAAAAAUGCUAGCUGUGGAACAAGGAGUGCGGGUCGCACGACCUCAGCAGGCACAGGGGGCAUGUGGCGAUUCUACACCGAAGACUCCCCUGGGCUCAAGGUUGGCCCUGUUCCAGUAUUGGUUAUGAGUCUUCUGUUCAUCGCUUCUGUAUUUAUGUUGCACAUUUGGGGCAAGUACACUCGUUCAUAGAUUCGGCUACAUCCAUCUGUCUGUCAUCUGAAGAAGAAGGAAAGAAACCCAACAUAUCUUGGACCAAAAGCAUAGUGAUUUUCUGUUUGUGAGAAAGAAAUAUACUGUAAGCUUAUUGUUUUACAGGGAACUUAGCAAGAAUUGGUUUUAAGGAAUCAAUUUUUUUCUAUGGCUAAUAAACUUUUUAAUUAAUUUAUA